UUAGCUGAAGGCGCUCAGUCAUGCAUCCGUACCAGUUCAUGUUACAGAACGGCGUGGGAUACAUCUCUUAGCCAGAUUAGAUCAGUCACUUCUCGAUAUAUUGAUAACCCAUUAAAUAUAUCUUCCAACCUCCUCGCUUCUGAUUUCUGGUUUAAGCUGGGUGGGCGCGACUCGAUUAUAUAAUGUUUUACUGGUAAAAAGUUGCCAAGCUACAAUACUGGUGGUAUCUUCAGUAUGAUUUAAGCUGACCACAUGUUGCUACGGUUAUUUACCUCAGAUACCCAAUAUCCUGAUAUCCAAAUACAUUACGGGACUCUUUCGGAUGGUGGUGUCCGGCAAAACCUGCAAGGUCAGCAUCAAUUUCGAAUACUUAUAGAACCAUUUAAUCGGGUAUUCAUUUGCCAAAAAAAUGGAAACUCCAAGCAGUGUUGCAUCAGUCAUUUGCGAACUCAGAAUUAUCGACUUGAAGCUCUCAAGCUGAUAAGUGAUGAAAGUAAUUAAACAUAAAUCAAUAUAUGUUUUCAUGAAGCUUGGCCUCGUUAUUGCAUUAUCGAGAGAAAAUGACAAAUAAGGCGCUCUUUAUAAGUAAUGCGCAACCUAUAGGAUGGGCGUCUCUGAAAUCAGUCAGCUGUUGGCUAAUUAAACCCAUAACUUUAUAGAUUUCAUCCGUCAUCCUAGCCAAAGCGUUUCCAACUACUGGUCGAUUAUCUUCGUUGCUGUUCAUAUUUGUGUGCCUUCAUAUACGAUGGAUAAAAAUAUAUGUUCUAGUAAAAGUGAAGUAGAUAUGUUGUGUAAUGCAGAAUCUGAUGUGGAUUCGUUUAUCGAUAAUAAUGCCAUUAUGACCACUGGAGCAGUUGCUCGUAUACUGAAAGAAUCCGAAUCAAUGAAAUCAACUCAACUUCAAGUUGAUGAAAAUGUUGCGCAAUCAUCAAGAAGUCUACUUAGUGAGGAUAGCAGCAGUUCAAAAUCUUCAAUUAAGGCGGCUACUUGUUCAACUUCAGAAGAUCCUUGCUGGACAAAUGACUUGUUGCAUAUUUUUGUUCUUAGCGAGGCUGGAAAACCCAUAUAUUCACGGUACGGAAAUGAAAGUGAUCUAUCCUCCAUAAUGAGCGUUAUGCAAGCCCUUGUUUCUUUCGUUGCGAAUUCUGGAGAUGAGCUUCAACUAAUCAAUACAACUGACAAAAAGUUCUUGUUCGUUUGUCGGUCGCAUCUAAUAUUAGUGGCAUUUAGUCCAAUUUCUGAACCCACUUCACAUUUACUCAUCUGCCUCGAAUAUGUAUAUAACCAGAUAAUAAGCUCAUUAACUUUGCAAAGAGUGGAGAAACAAUUUACAAGACAUGCUAAUUUGGAUUUACGCAAACUCCUUGUUGGAGAUAAUCGACUUUUAUCUUCUAUCAUAAAUCGCGUAGAAGAGACUUUUGGGGUAUUUUUGAAUGCAAUCAGCUGUACACCACUUUCGGAAAAUAACAGAGCUGCAAUAUCACAGAUUAUCUGUCAGAAUGCUAAAUUACGUGGUUUGGUGUUCGGUAUAUUGUUUCACAAAGAUGAUAUUGUUAGCAUUGUACGCAUGAAGGAUCAACAUCUUUCCCCAUCAGACAUUCAUGUACUUCUAAAUCUAAUUGGAAGUUCACAGUCUUUCAAAUCGGCACAAUCUCAUUGGUUACCGAUCUGUCUGCCUAAAUUCGAUGCUAACGGAUUUUUAUAUGCCAGUGUUACUUAUCUUAAUGAUACAACAUUCAUGGUCUUGCUUACUGUUGACAGUGAAAAAUUUUAUCCACUCAAGUCAAUUACAGAAAAAGUAUUCACACUAUUAAAUACUACAAAUAAUGGUAAUCAUUUAUCUGCGAUAAUGUCUUCAAAGUUUCCACAAAUUUCUGAUAUUGGCAUUAAGAAUUUACGGCAUUUUGUAUAUAAAUCUAUUCCAAUCGGCCAAUAUAUUGCCAGUGAAUGGACUGUGCCCUAUGCUAUCGCUUAUGAAUUAUCAAAAGAAUCUCCAGUUGGAAUGGAUCCCGAGAGAAAAACUAAACUUCUUAAUGAUAAUGUUGUAAAUAAAUUACGUCAUAAUGUUUUGUUAUCGUAUAAACGACUUCAUAUGAGAUUGCAUUCCUCUGCAAUACCAACAAGAUUCAUUUACAAAGUGACAAGUACCGAAUUAUUUUUUGGCUGGAAAACAGAUAAUUUCGAAUUGUAUGCCACAUUAGAACCAUUGAUUACAAUAACAGAAUUAGGUGAAAUUCGUAAACAAUUAUUAAAAUGGAUUGAAUCAAAGAAAACACAAUUUUUUAUUUUAUCAUCUCCAACAUUUUAAAUUUGUUAUUUAUCUUAUCAAUACUACUUAUUCAGUUUUUACAUUCAAAAAUGUAUCACCACCUAUUUCAUUAUUUCAUUAUAAUAAUGUGUUAUAAUAUUGAAUAUUUAUUUUAAACUAAUUUGGAAAGUUUUAAUCAUCUAAAAGCACAUUUAGAAGCUGUUCAACAUUAAUUCUAGGUUAAUAGUUCAUAUUCAAAUAUUAUAUUAAAUAAUUAGAUUGUUUAACUUAAUGUCGAUUGACAAACUAUUAAGUUUAUAUUAAGAUUUAUUAAGUGAACUUUAUAAUGAUAUUUUCCAGGUAAUUUUAUUGUUUCUUACAAUCCCUAUAAUAGAACUUGCAAUAAGAUAUAUAUAGAGUUCAUUCAAUUUCAAAUACAAUAUUUCAUCUGUAAAAUGCUAAAAACAUUAAUUCAUAACAUAUUAGCUUACUGAUUAUUAAAAAUCUAAGUAUUGUCUAUAAUUUAUUCUAUUUAAACACUAAGUUAAUAGAUAAAUGUCUUUUGAAUAUACAUAGUGUCGUUAAGACCUCCUAAUAAUACUUAACAAUUAAUCUUUUCCCAUCUAAAGUGGAAAUUAUCCAAACAAAUUAAUAUCACAAUUGGUUGAUCACUGGGUGGUGAUCAAU